AUGUCCAAAAAUCGUCUUCGGCCGGGUGAUUGGGUUUGUCCAACUUGUCAGUUCCAUAACUUUGCUUCUAGGAGGACGUGUUUUAAGUGCAAUGCUAUGAACCCAAACCCUUCUCCGGUGCCUGGAACACCUCCAAAUUUUACAUUAGGAGAUUGGAUGUGUCCAACCCCACAAUGUAAUUUCCAUAAUUAUGCAUCUCGGACUCAGUGUUUAAGAUGCGGAACAUUCAAACCUCAGGGAAUGUAUGGUCCGCCGCCGUCAGCAAAUAUGUCUUUUCGUCCUGGAGAUUGGAUUUGUCCAAAUCCAAGCUGUGUCUUUCAAAAUUUUGCUUCUAGAACGAUUUGUAUGCGAUGUGGUGCUACGAAUCAUAUCGGAUAUGAUGCAUACGGGAACCUAACAACACAGGAUCAAGGAGGUUAUGCUGGUAGUGUUAGUCACGGGUCUUCGUCACCUGCUCCGGCACCCUUCCGGCCGGGGGAUUGGUAUUGUCCUAGUUGUAACACUCAUAACUUCGCUUCACGAUUUCAGUGUAUUCGUUGUGCAAUAAGUAAACCUCCUCAAGUUGCAAAUAGCGUUGCCAUCACAGCUAACAUGAAACCUGGGGAUUGGUUAUGUAGUAAUGAAAUGUGCGGGUAUCAUAAUUUUGCGAAAAGAACUCAUUGUGCAAAAUGUGGUAUGCCGAAUAAUUCUACAGCGGGUGGAGAGAAUGGGUUUCAACAAUAA